AUGUUGACUGAAGCACAAAGAAAAGCCAAUUUGGAAGCAGAAGAGUACCUAAAAAACCUUGAGUUAGAAUUCAGUUUUGGUUGUAUUAAGGAAAAUAGAGCAGACUCAUGUCACCAGCACGCGGUAUUUUUGGAACAAAUGCGAAGGAAUGCUGCUGAGGCUUUCAAAUUCUUUAAAACUAACUGCGAAAAACGAAAAUAUCCAGAAAGCUGCUUGAAGUAUGCAAAAUAUCUAAUCGUCGGAUAUUUUCCUAAGAUUUAUUUUCUUUUAGAAUGUGAGCCAAGUAUAGAGGGCGCAAUAAAGCCACUAAAAAUCGCUUGUGAAGGAAAUGUAGCUAGUGCAUGUCAUCUGUUGUCUCUCGUUUACUACAAUACCAAAGGUGUCAAGGCAGCUUCAGAUGUUGAAAAAUACAUGCGCAGAGCGUGCGAUUUAGAGGAUGGGAAGUCGUGUUGGAUUCUGAGCACUUGGUAUCUCGGAGCAGUCAGUGGAACUGAAGUCGUGGAUGGCAAGAAGCAGUUCUCGUGUGCGCAGCAUUCUUGCAACUGGUUGCGGCUGACGCUUGUACAGGCAAAAUAUUUCUUUCUUUGCCCAUGUUUUUAG